AUGGCUUCCAACAUGGAGUGGUCUCCCGACUUCUGCCUCUCCUGCGACCGGCAAAUAGCUGAGGGCGGCGCCUACUGCUCGCAAGCAUGCCGUCUAGCAGACCUCGAGAAGGCCAAAUCCCCCUCACAGCUGUCGUCGUCAGCCUCGUCGACGGGCUCGUCGACAAACGGCUUCUACCUUCCGCCCGCCGUCAACUUUUCCGCGUAUAAGACACCCUCACCUUCCCGCGGCUUCGAUACAUACCACUAUUACCCCACCAACAACGGCUCAUAUUUUGCUCCCGCAGCGUCAGCGUCCCAAUCGUCACAGCAGCAACGCAGCCUCACGCCCUCGUCGUCAAGGUCCUCACUGGCGUCCGCCCACUCGCAGACGACGACGGGCAUCUCCGCACAGGCGGCGAGCCAGCUGAACUACUACGCCCGCAACUUCGACCAGGUCCGCGAGAUCAAGAGGAGGAUGACCUAA